AUGAUUAAGAAGAAACAAGCACCACGUGGUGCUCGUGCACCUCAUCCUAUUGCCAGUGAAGGAUUGUUCAAGCUGGAUGUUGAUGAUGACAUAUGGCAAGAUGUGGGCCUAGAUGAGACUGAUAUUUCACCUGGAGGAGAAAUCCCCAAAUGGUUGGGUGAUGAAAAUGUUCAAAAGGGAAUAAAAUCCAUGCUUGAGUUGGAUAGAUGUAAUGAGGAAGAAAGGAGACUAUCAUAUGAGAGAAGUGCCAUGCAAGAUUGGCUCAUGGAGGAGUGGAGAUGUGUAACAAUGGCUAUAGAGAAUGAAUGUGAAGAAGUAGUCUAUCAGAUGGUCUUGCGUGCAGAAUUCUUGGCACGCUUAUGCAACAACUGGCAAGACAAAACACGUAUGAUUGAUCCUCACAAACCUAUGCCAGAUUCGUGGGGACCCUCACUGGAAGAUCUUAUGGAGGCACAUAAGUUGGACAUGACUGCCAUGGUUGCUGAGAAUGAAAGAGAGAUAUAUGACAACGACAAUGAAGAGGAGGAAGAUGAUGAGGAUGAUGAGGGUGAUGAAGAAGAGGGUGAAGAGACAGAGUUAUUGGAGGCUGUUGAGAUGAUAGCUUUAUCUGAUGAGUUUCGAAAUAGCUAUACAGACUCAUUGUUUUGA